CCAUCUCUCCUUCUCCGAGCUCUCUUAAAAGCCAUGGCGGAUAUUGCUGCAGUUGAAGCGAUUCCGGCGAAGAAAGGAAAAUCCAGAAAAGCAUUGAAGAAUCAGAAGGCUUCAUCGAGUGAGGCCAAUAUAAUGGCCGCCUCAGUCUCCGAAGACGCACCCGAUGCUGCAAUUCCGGUGGGAGAAUCCGCUGAAAAAGAGAACUGCGAGGGCCUUUGCCAGAAGAAUUCGAAGAAAGGGGCGUCCAAGGCGAAAAAGCAAACAGAAGAGUUGUCUUCAUUUGAGAAGGAAAUCCAGGAAAUGCAGGAAAAGCUUCAGCAGUUGAAGAUUGAAAAGGAGCAGACUGAGGAGCUGUUGAAGGCCAAAGAGGAAAUGUUAAUACAGAAGGAGAAAGAACAAGAGAAGCUACAGACGGAACUCAAGAAAUUGCAGAAAAUCAAGGAGUUUAAACCUAAUCUCAACUUUCCAAUUACAAAGGGAGACAAAGAUCAAGAGAAAAAGGGGAAGAAAGGGAAUGAUCCUGCAAAGAAAAGGCCAGCCACAGCUUAUCUUUUGUGGUGCAAAGACCAAUGGAAUGAGGUAAAGAAAGAGAACCCAAAAGCUGAGUUCAAGGAGAUAAGUAAUAUGUUGGCGGCGAAAUGGAAGACGAUUAGCGCUGAUGAAAAGAAGCCAUACGAGGAGAAAUACCAGUCUGAGAAGGAGGUAUACUUGAAGAUUGUUGGAAAUGAGAAGCGCGAACAAGAAGCGCUGAGGCUAUGGGAUGAAGAGGAGAAGCAGAAGACUGCCCUGGAUUUGCUUGAUCAAUAUAUUCAGUUCCAGCAAGAAUCAGAGAGCGAAAACAAGAAGAAAAAGAAGGAGAAGGAUCCACUGAAGCCGAAGCAUCCAUUGUCAGCUUUUUUCUUGUUUUCAAAUGAGCGCCGUGCUGCUCUUCUGGCUGAAAACAAGAAUGUUAAGGAGGUGGCAAAGAUUGCAGGUGAAGAAUGGAGGAACAUGACAGAUGAACAGAAAGCACCUUAUGAAGAGGGGGCAAUGAGGAACAAGGAGCAGUAUGCUAAAGAAAUGGAGAUCUACCGGAAAAACAAAGAAGAAGAAGCUGCAAACAGCAAGAAGGAAGAUGACGAAAUGGAUAAACUUAGGAAGCAUGAAGCAAUGCAAUUGCUGAAAAAGAAGGAAAAAGCUGAAAAUCUCAUAAAGAAAACUAAAGAAGAGCAGAAGAAAAAGCAAAAGGAAGAGAAAAACACUGAUCCUAACAAGCCAAAGAAGCCUGCAACUUCAUACCUCCUAUUCAGCAAGGAGGAGAGGAAGAAGAUAGCAGAAGAGAAGCCUGGAACCAACAACUCUACUGUUACUGCACUCAUUUCAGUCAAGUGGAAGGAGAUGAGUGAAGAAGAUAAACAAGUGUGGAACAACAUGGCUGCAGAAGCAAUGGAGGCAUACAAGAAGGAACUGGAGGAAUACAACAAGGCAAAGGAGCAGAACAACAACAACUGAAUUUUCAUAUUUUAAUAUUUUGAUGGGUUCAACUGGCUGGGUUGAACAACUAAAAGAUGGAUUUUCUUUCUGUUGAUGAAGUGUUGUUAUUGGUGUUUGUUUGACUUGCAAAUUGGAAUAUAUGGAAAAGAACUUUUCCCUUUUUUGGA